UACGGACCAAGAUGGCGCUCUUCCCGCCAGCACCGCGGACAGCUCCGGCGGCGCCCCCCCGCCGCUGAGCCCCCCCGCGCCUCCGCUCACAGGUGUCUCUCUGGACCGGACCUGCGGAUCCGGGAGACCGGACCAGAACCGGGAGGAGCCGAACCGGGUUUGACCGCCGCUGGAACGGCAGCUCUUCAUCAUCAUCUUCAUCAUCCUCUCCUGCAGCGCCGGCCCGCAUCCGAACCGGACCGAUGGACCGAGGCGUCGUGAGGUCCUGGUUCCGGCGGGGGGGUUGAGGCUGCGCCUGUCAGGACUCUCCCGGUUCUGCGGUACCGGACGGGAAGAUGCUGGUUCUGCUGGCCGCCAUGUCGUCGGUUCUGUUCAGCCCCGGAUUCGCCCUCAGCUCCCAUUUCAGCCCAGAUGGCGCUCCGCUGAGCGAGCUGUCCUGGUCGUCCUCUCUGGCCGUGGUGGCCAUCUCCUUCUCCGGCCUCUUCACCUUCGUCUUCCUCAUGCUGGCCUGCCUCUGCUGCCGGAGGAGCCGGAUGGGCUUCAAGGAGUUCAAAAAUGCGGACGGGGACGAGUACCACGCAGACAUGUCCACGCUGGCCUCGCCGGCCUCCCAGGGCGGGCCGGACGUCUACGUCCUCCCGCUCACCGAGGUGUCCCUGCCGACCGCCAAACAGCCGGCGCGCUCCGUUCAGCUCCUGAAGUCUGCAGACGUGGGCCGCCACAGCCUGCUGUACCUGAAGGAGAUCGGACAUGGCUGGUUCGGGAAGGUUCUGCUGGGGGAGGUGUCGUCCGGCCCGAGCAUCACUCAGGUGGUGGUGAAGGAGCUGAAGGCCAGCGCCAGCGUUCACGACCAGAUGCAUUUCCUGGAUGAAGCUCAGCCUUACCGCGCCCUCCAGCACCCGGCGCUGCUGCAGUGUUUGGCCCAGUGCACCGAGGUGACGCCGUACCUGCUGGUGAUGGAGUUCUGCCCGCUGGGCGACGUGAAGGGUUACCUCCGGAGCUGCAGGGCCAAUGAGAGCAUGGCCCCGGAGCCGCUGAUCCUGCAGCGGAUGGCGUGCGACAUCGCGGCGGGACUCCUGCAUCUGCACAAACACAACUUCACCCUCAGCGACCUGGCUCUCCGGAACUGCCUGCUGACCGCUGACGUCUCUGUGAAGAUUGGAGAUUAUGGUCUGGCACACAGCAAGUACAAGGACGAUUACUUCGUGACGUCGGACCAGGUGUUCGUUCCGCUGCGAUGGAUCGCUCCAGAACUGCUGGAUGAGGUUCAUGGAAACCUGCUGGUGGCGGAUCAGAACCAGCAGAGCAACAUCUGGUCUCUUGGAGUGACCAUCUGGGAGAUGUUUGAGCUGGGGAACCAGCCCUACAGGCACUACUCAGACAGACAGGUGUUGACCUACGUUGUGAGGGACCAGCAGCUGCGUCUACCCAAACCGAUGCUCAAAGUACCGCUAGCCGAGCGCUGGUAUGAGGUGAUGCAGUUCUGCUGGCUUCAGCCGGAUCAGAGACCGAAUGCAGAGGAAGUCCACUUGCUGCUCAGCUACCUGUGUGCCAAAGGAGCUAGCGAGGCUGAGGAAGACUUUGAGAGGCGCUGGAACUCCAUGCGCCCCAACGCUGGUUGCAACAGAAACAUGUCUGCAAUGAGCCGAGAGCACUCUGCAUCCAACUCCUCCUCCUUUCCUCUGCUGGAGCAGUUUGUGUCGGGUGACGGGUACCACUCUGAGUCAGGAGACGACGUCCUGACAGUCACGGAGACCAGCCAAGGCCUGAACUUUGAGUACAAGUGGGAACAAGCGCGAGCAGAGCAGCCGUACCGAGCCUCUGACUCCUCCAGUUCUUUGAACGUGGCCAGCCGCCAUUGUCAGGAUGCCUUUUACCCCCCAGGCGGCAUUGUUGGUGGCUGUCCUUUGGAGAGCCUUAACCAUGGGAUUUCUCCUUCUUACUAUCAAGCCAAACAUCUGCAUGCUCCCAGCGUGCUCCCGGUCCUCAGUGCCCACAGCCCGUCUGUCAGCAGUGAAUAUUACAUCCGCAUCGAGGAGCCGGUGGACUGCAACAUCGAUCCAGAAUACACCAUGUGUUCCUACAGUCCGGACUAUCCAGGCAGCGGCGGGAGCUUCCUGACUGGCAGUGCUGAGUCAGGUGAGUGCAUGACCUGCCCCCUGCAGGCGGAAACCAUGGGUCCCUACUGGUCUGCAGAGGUCCACAAAACGGACCUGUAUGACUCUAACGACUCAAGUCCAGCCAUCUCCUUGACUAUGGAGCCACUUUUAGGACAAGUGUCCGACAGCAGCCCCCUGCAGCCCUGGGUGUCCAGUCACUACGUCUCCUACAAAGACCAAGAUGGGGGUUACUACUACGAGCCCUCCCCGCCUUUAGGAGUAGACCACUAUCUGCUUGGAAGUGAGCACCAUCAGGAAAGCUGGGGGUCCAGAAGUCUCCGUCAGGCUCUGGGUGAGAUGGAGUCCUCACCUGUGAACGGCUCACGCCGGCGGACUUACAGAGACUCGUACCUAGACACGAGUCAGACCUCCGUCCUGGGAAAGAGCGUGACGGGGGGCUACUACGACAUGAUGGGUUCUCUGAGGAAGACCAUGCCCAGCCACACCAGGCACAACAGCCACUCUGUCAGCAUCAACAUGGAGACCCAGGGGGCGCUCUUCAUCGGACACAGGGAGAGCGACUCGGAGGAGGACGAGGACGACAUCUUCAUCGAGAGACACAGCUGUAACACUUGGCCGUCAAAGCAUCGCCACACCAGCGUGGGCCACCACAGACGAGCCAGUCACAGCUGCAGACAGGACGCCUACGCCGACUUCCACUACACCAUGCCAAGUACGGACAUCGAAGACUCCUGGCCGGAGGACCACAACCUGGUCUUCCACUCGCUGCCAAAACCCAUUGACUACCUUGAGCCGCACCAGGCGAAAGAUAACAGUGCCUGCCUCAGUCUGACCAACCCCAUGGUGCCAUCUGACAGCUGCAACGCCUACAUCUACCUGUGCCAUGAAGUGGACACGCAGCCAGAGUCCAGAGACUGCUGCCACCCUCAGUUUGUUGACCCUCUCACUGGCUUGUUGGUGAGGAACAACAGCUUUUGUCCCAGCUACAGUCACAGCAGCUACCUUACCGAUAAAGCCACUGACAUCCCCAACAGUGAAGAGCUGAUCAAUCUGUCACCAGCUCCUGGAGGUCCUAUUGUGUCCAAACCGACCCCGAAGAAGCCGGAGGACUGCGAAGAGCGAUAUGCUGAUCUGUCAGCUGAUAAAACACAGCUCAAAGACAAGAGGGACGGAGCGAUCAAAGAAAACCUCAUGCAGAAACCACCAGAGCCUAGACUAGAGGAGGUGGCCCUGACCAUGACCAAAGCUGCUCCGCCUCCUGCAGACAACAUGCACGUGAUGGUGGCCCUCAUGGAUCCUCCGUCAGAGACCAGUCCCAGUGCGGACAGCGGCGUGGAGCGCCGUGGCUCUACUGUGAGCCUCGCUGACAUCCUGGACUGCAGCGAUGAAGAGGACGACAACACGGAUGACAUCACCGACGUCACUUCAGGUAUCUUUAUCGACGAGGGCUCAGAGCUGAACUCUUCUCCUGCCUUCAAGUCCCUGCAGAAGCAGGUAGGAACUCCAGAUUCGAUGGAGUCCAUGGACCUGCCCUCUGCUGCUGGGUCUUGUGACGGCCUCAGCCCCGCAUCCUCACGUCCCUCCAGCUCACCUAAAGCCAUGGACAGUGGCUACGACACCGAGAACAACGAGAGUCCCGAGUUUGUCCCCAAAGAGUCCCAUGAACAACGGCCCUCGUCUCAAGGAUUGCCGGCCCUCGAGGCAAGUCUGGAGGAAGACGAAGAAGCUGUAUCCAACAAUGAUGAAGAUUUAAAGACCUCAGGGUCUCUUUUACCACUCAGUGAUAAGACUCCAUACCGAGACUCCGCCUACUUUUCCGACUACGAGAAUGAAAGGCAAAGCAAAGAAGAGGAAGACACCGAGAAAGAGGCGGAGGAAGAACCAACAGACGAUGCUGGCAGCAAAGACCUGAAGUUCCAAACAGAAUCCUGUUCUCCAGAGACCCCGGAGCAACCGUUAGAGGAAAACCACCAGCAGGAAGAGGAGGGGUCUGCCCAGGGACUCUCUGACUCCUCAGCUGAGGGGUUGCUGGAUGAAUGGAUGCCCCAUGAAGUGACUUCAUCCAUGGGAGACUGGGCAGCAGAGGUUGUUGGAGCCAUGGAGGAGGCCAUCGGCGCCCUGAAUGGAGACUGUUCUUCUGGCGUUGAAGCUGAUGACAGAAAGGAGGAGGAGCCUAAAGCUUCAGAGAAAAAAGAGGACAGACCUGAGGAGACGCCUGUGAAAUCGAGUCACAACAGGCCGCCGGGGACGACUGGUGAACACCCCCACGUCCCGCCCAAAGACGAGGUGGCCUUGCAGCACACGGCACACGCCAGGCGCUUCCUCUGCUCAUCCACCACGCCGCCGUCCACUCCACCUGCAAUGGAGAGAACGCCUCCAGCUGACCUUGACGAGGAAGACACGGACGACAGCGACGAGUCGGACGAGGAGCUACGAACAUACAGCGUGCAGGAGCAGAGUGGGGGGGAGGACAGCGAGGACGAGUGCCAUCAGGUCCCCAUCAUAGUGAGCGACUGCAGCGAGGCCCACCAACUGCGCAGCCUCCUCAGGAGGCCGACGCCGCUGACGGCGGAGAACCUGGAGGAGGAGCUGGAGCGGCAGAAGAAAACUGUGACCUUCUUUGACAACGUUACUGUUUACCUGUUUGACCAGGAGAGUCCGACCAAAGAGCUGGCCGAGCACAUCCUCACUUCAGCGACGGAGGAUCCGAGUUCUGGAGGCCAAUCCCAGGAGAAGCUGAACGCCUCCGAUGACUCCGACGGAAACAUCUCCGAGGAGAGUGCAGGCUUUGAGUGGGAUGAUGAUUUUACACUCCACCCUCUGCCGACAUCCUCCGCCGUCGCUGACUCCCCCCCAUCGCGGUCCGUCACCAAAACCCCAGACCCGAAACCGGCCGCGCAGUUGUCUCGCUUCACUGUGUCUCCGUCCAGUGUGUCCCGCUUCUCUAUCACCCACAUCUCUGACUCGGACAUGGAGUCAGCUGGAGGAAGCAGUGAGGAUGGAGACAAAGAGUAAACAGGAAGUGAGGAGCUUCAGCUUUACUGCAGGACGACCCGGUUCUGUUAGAACACCAGAAACAAGCCAGUGCCUCUGAAAGCUCCGUCUUACAGCCGACAGUGAACUAAAAUAUUAAAUCCACAGAGGACCAGUAUUUAUUAACACAUAUACGAAACCAGAAGAGACUCUUAUUCUUUGGAUCAAACAGGAAGUGAAAGAUGUUUACCGCCCCCUACUGUUUCCUGCAGAGGGAUGGGAUCUGAUCACGGAGAUCAAAAUGUUUGUCAACAGAAGAUCAGUGCUUUAAAAACUGUACAGAAACAGACUUUUUACCUUAAGGAAACAUUUUACUUGUAUAAUGUAAUAAAUUCUAGAGGUUUGACAUAUAAAUAGUUCAUAAGAGGUAAAUUCACUGACCGAGGCGGAAACACAGAGACUGUUAGCGGGCGUCUUCACCGCUGAUCACCCCGACUGCUCAAUAACUCAUGAGGUUUUGCUUUGUUGCAUCAGGAAUAUUGCUUUGUUAUUUCAGACUUUAAUCUUCUGAGAAAGCAGUGCAUGAUGGGAAAAAACUCUUCAGAUCAGUCUUUACAGAUGUCACAUGUUCUGCCUUGUAGAAGAACUGCAAACCGACCAGAGAGGAUCUCCUGACUGUUUAACGGUACUUCAUCACAUUGAUGCAAAGGUCUUCUGCAACAAGUUCACGGCUACAGGCGCAGAUACUUUAGUUUGAUCAGAAUUUGUCGGUUUGUGUCGCCAAAACCUGCAGGACAAGCGAUGGAACAAAAGAAAAAACAUCUGCAGAUACACUUCAGGUUCUAGUCUGGAGGUAAAGACUUGGUGACUCGUCUGAGACAAACGUGGAAAGAAGCGAAGGCUGAAGCGCAGCAGAGAGGGGCGGAGCCUUAACAUGGUGGUUUAAAAAUCUUCAAACUUUUUUCUCAAAGUCACCAAGUUCUGCUGUUUGUUUCUGUCACUGAACUGGAAUCAGAAAAGGUUUUGUUGUUAAUGUUCUUUCUUUUAUUUAAUAAGCCAAAACUAAUCUGAACAGUGAAAACUCUAAAACUGUGGUAAGUUUAGGGGUCAUUCCAGAUUUAGAGUUCACUCUGAAAGCUAACCCAUUUGAUGUAGUCAGUGACUUUGAUCUGUCAAAGUGACCUCAUGACUCGGAGGAGACCAAAGCGCGUCGUUUCUGCCCCUCCUAACAUGAGGAAUCACGGCUGUUCAGACACCAACAUGCGGUCACUCUGCCAUGCUAAAGUUAGCUUUGGGUUUAGCAUUAGCAUGCUACGUUUAGUAUCCGACUGGAUUGUUGCUAAUCUCCUUUAGCAUUUGCAUGCUAACAGAUGUGGGGAUUGAAUUUCAACAUGCUAAUGCUAGCAUGCUAACAUGAAAAAAUAUGAAGAGGAAAUACUGUAAAGCCAAAAAAGUUUAGUUUAUGGAUCAAAAUAUUUUUUAUUAUUUAAAGUGGUACUGUAGAAGAAUGAAAGAUAAUGCAAUAUAUUUUUAAAUAAAGCUUGAUAGACCUGAUCAAUAUUUUUCUGGUAGUUUGCUCUUAAAUAUGACGGAGUAUCAGGACCACCAUUAAGAAAUAAAAUAACAAAAAUGUGAAAUUAUGAAGAGAAAAAAAUCAAGUUAAUAAAAAUAGAGACAUAAAGUCAAAACUUUCCUAAAGUAAAGUUGUAGAAUCAUAAACUAAAACAUGAAAUUUGAUUGAAUACAUUUUUAAAUUUAAAAUAAAAACGUCUGAAUUUACAAGAAUAAAUAAGUAAAAUUAUUAGGGUAAAAAAGUCAAAAUUUUAAGAGAAUAAAAUCGUUACAUUAUGGGAAAGUGUAAAAAUUUAUUAUAUUAAAGUUGUAAAAUUAUAUUUAAAAAAAAGAGAAUAUAUAUAAAGUCGUACAAUUAUGAGAACAUUUCAAAUUUACUUUUCAGUAAAAGUUGUAUAUUAUGAGGUAAAGUAGUAAUUUUAUGAAUAUAAAGUUGUAUAAUUCUGAGAAAGUUUACAUUUUACAAAAUUAAAGGGAAAAACAGUUGAAAAGUUAAGUUAUACAUUUACGGGGAAAAAAUCUGCAAUUUAAGAAAAUCAAGUUGUAAAUUUAUGUUUCAAAAAGUCAAAUUUUUACAAGGAAAAAGUUUUGCUUUGAAAAUGCUUCAACAAAGUAAACCAAGCGUUUGUUUCCUGAUUCAUUUAUGUUGCAACAAUUCAGAGAAAGUCGUCACACUGCUCGAGAAUAUUGACUGUUUUCUAAAUGCACAGCAAUAUUUAAAUCAAAUUACUAUUUUAUUUUCUAAAAAGAAUCCCUUUUUCCUUGAAAACUGUGAACUUUUAAAUCAUAAAUUUACACAUUUAUUCUUGUAGAAUAGUGACUUUUAUUGUCUUGUUAUUUUAUGACUUUUAUUCUAAUAUAUUUUUUUUAUUUAUGGUGGCCCCAACACUCUAAAACAAACACAGGAUGCUCAGUUUUCGGUUUAGCAAACGUUUUAGGAUUUCUAACUGGAAGUAAAAGUUAACUCCGAUUCUGAAAUGACCCAAACAUCUCUGUAGGUUUGAUAGUUUCUCCGUUAGAGACGUCUGGAUGUGAUUCAAAGCUUUUCAGCUUCAAUAUGAGGAAGUCCGUUUGAUUUCUGGAGCUUAAAGCAAACUUUUAAAUCAACAUGUAUCGUCCAAGUGUUUGUUUGCCUCCAGGAACUCCAGUAUUCUGUCUCUGUUUAGCAUAGAAACAUCUCGAUGGCUGUCCGUAAUAUUUUUGUAUCUCGACUAAAGUACUUUUCCAGAGUACUUGGGAACCUGAGAGGAAAGGAUCUGGUGUUUUUGUUGCCAAAGAGACGUUGUGUUUCAGGACGAUGUUGAUCCCCUGAAGAAGAGGAGGAGGAGGAGGAGGAGGAGGAGGAGGAGGAGCGACAGCUGCUUUAGACUUGGAAAGGAAAAACUGUUCAGGAGAAGGAUCGGGGUUCUGUGAGGAAUAUGUGCCCCCCUCCCAACACACUGACCCGUUCACAUUGAUGAUUUCUGUAUCUUCUAUCAAAUAUGAAUAAACUGGUUUACACGACA